ACCGCUUCUUUCGUGCUUUACAGGAAUUAUUUAAAAAAAAGACAUGGAGAAGUCUCCAUCCUUCAGAUAGUUUUCAGUAGAACUUUGAGGGAGAAUUUUCCGGGAGAAUGUGCCGGGAAUUCGCCACGGAGAUGUAGAGCUACCGAUGACGACUUUCUGUUUUACUCUGUCUAUACGAUCCAUUCGGUAUUCACUAACCAAAUCCAGAUAGGAUACUUCUGGUGCGUAUAUAAGACGUUCGGAAUCCUGUUAGAGUCUUCAAGCUCCAGCGUCCCCUCUAUCCCUUGUACCAAAUCAUAUUUGCCCUUGAACACCAUGUCCAUCAUCGUUCGUCAUCGAGUCGGCGGUUGGCUGCCUCGCGAUCAUCGAGUCCUCCAAAGCUGGCUUGCCAAAAAGAUCGCCCAAGUUAAAGCAGACCCGCAGCCCUUCCAGCCCGUCAUCCAAGACUUCCAAGACCUUAUCGAAACCAACGCUGAAAUCUACAUGGACUUCCAUCAGAUGUUCGAUCAAGUACCGACCAAACCGCCUUACGACCAGGAUCCGACAGGGAAACCACAGGUUCGCGACUACAUGACCAUGUUGGCGUUGUUCAAUAAAAUCAUCACCGAGGCCCCCGACUUUGAAGAAUCUGACUACGAAGUCGGCUUGGUCGGUUUCCCAAUCAACGCCAUCCUCGAUUGGCCUAUGGGUACCCCGGCAGGCCUCACCGCCUUCGUCAAUGACCAGGUGAACGCCCAGUUCAAGAAGAUGUUCGACGUUUGGACGGCUUUCCUCACUUCGUCCGAUUCGCGCUAUGUCCUCACCACCGACACGACCGGUUGGUUUGGUCCCGCCGCAAGUGCCGCGAUGCCCAACUUCACAGAGACAUACGUUUGCGAUCCCACCGCGCAAUAUUAUGGAUUUACAUCCUGGGACAACUUCUUCACCAGAAUCUUUCGACCUGGCGUACGGCCCAUCAUGUUCCCCGAUGACGACCAUGUCGUCAUCAGCGCCUGCGAGUCGACCGUUUACAAUAUAGCCUCUGACAUCAAAGCGCUCGACACGUUCUGGCUUAAGGGCGAGCCUUAUUCGCUCAAUCACAUGCUCAGCAACGACCCUCUCGCGCCCCAGUUUGUCGGCGGGACCGUCUAUCAAGCUUUCCUCAGCGCCACCAAAUACCACCGUUGGCACAGUCCAGUGAGCGGUAUAGUUGUGAAGAUCGUCCUGGUCCCCGGCACAUACUACGCCGAGUCCCCUGCCAUGGGAUUCCCGGACCCUGACCCUGCCGCUCCCGACCUCUCGCAAGGCUUCAUCACUGCUGUGGCUGCCCGCUCGCUGAUCUUCAUCCAAGCUGAUAACCCCAGCAUUGGCCUGAUGUGCUUCAUAGCCGUGGGAAUGGCGGAGGUGUCGACGUGCGAGGUCACUGUUCAGGAAAGCCAGGUCCUGAAGAAGGGCGACGAGCUGGGGAUGUUCCACUUUGGAGGGUCAACGCAUUGCUUAAUAUUCCGACCUGGUACGAGUAUUACGUUCAAUCCGGAGUAUCCUAUCGGUGCGGAUGUGCUGCUCCAUGAUCCGAUUGCGACUGUCGGUUGAGGCUGAUGACGGUGGUGAAGAUGAUGAUGCCUAGCUGAAACGGGUUCUGUGCGCUGUAUGAAAUAGGACAUUGUCAGGGUUCAAAGGUUCGAGCUAGUGUUUUCCGGUUCUUUUCCGUGGGUCACUCGAUGGUGUGUCGGUGAAAGAAAGCAGUAUUUACGUGUGUACAGUAUGCAGAAAUAUGGCGAU